CUUCUUUUAGAGUUUCUCUUCCUCAAAAUCUCUAUAUGAGAAUCAAAUUGUCUUCAUGUCUUCACUAAACUCAAACAGCUUCACAAACACAGACAAGAUGCUGAUAAUAUUCAUCAAUCUCUUCACUCUUCUCUCAUGUGUCAGUUCAGCUAAAGUUGUCACACAAAAACCCUCAGUACUGACAGAAGAAAAAGGAAAAUCUGUGACUAUGGACUGUAAUAUAGGAAAGGCAGAGAACUACUAUGUUUCUUGGUAUAAACAGCUUCCAAAUGCAGCUCCUCAGUUUGUGUUGAGACACUAUCCUUCUGAUAGCUCUCCUGAUGGGUAUGGUGCCAGUUUUUCAUCCAGCCGUUUCACAUCUAAAAAAAUGUCAAAUCUUGGCUAUCAGCUGAUCAUCAAUAAUGUAGAUGUGAGAGAUUCAGCUGUGUAUUACUGUGCAACAUGGGAUGGCUCUGUUAAUCUGAAAUCUAUCACUGUGGUAUUCGGACAAGGAACAAAACUCAUUGUGACCGAUUCAGGUGUUUCUCCUCCUGUUGUGAAGAUUUUGCCUCCAUCCAGUGAAGAUGUGAGCUCCAGUAAAGUGACUCUGGUGUGUUUGAUCAAUGACAUGUCUGUGGGAUUUGCUGAUGUGAGUUGGUUUGUGAAUGGAAACUCAGUUACUGAUGGCGUCUUCACCGGAUCUUCUGAACAGCAGCCGAAUGAGAAAUUCAAGUUGAGCAGUUAUUUAACCAUUGAAAGAUCAGAGUGGGAGAAAGACAAAGAUCUCACAUGUAAAGUGACUGCUGCUGGAAAGAUCACAAACACAAAGAUCAAGAAAUCUCAAUGCAAUGAAUAAAUGCAAAGAUUAUUUUGUUUUCAUAAAAACAUUUAUUAAUAUUGCCUGGCAUAGUGUAACAGAAAUAAUGCUUAUAGAAAAAAAAUGUUUAAGUGUAAAACAUAGUUUCUGCAAAGAAUAUUUCUGCUUUUAUUUUAUUAGUAAUUUGAUUUCCAUCCUUAAUAAAUGUGAAUAAACUUCAUAGUAAUUUGUAGUGAUUUUCUUAUUGAUUUUGAGUAGUAACUGAUGAAAUUCAGAAUGAUUUAGGUCUAAAAGAAAGAAAUUAAUGAAUUACUGAAAUAAACCAUCUUCAGUUUGCAGUAUCUAAAUCUCUAUCAUUCAUGUAUUGCUUAUCCAUUUAUUGAAAUUAUAAAUUAAUAGUGUUUUUAAAAAAAUCUAAAUAACUGGAUAAUAUCACAGAAGAGUAUACUGUAGUUAACAGAACAGAAUUUCACAGACUAAGAUUCACAUGAAGUCUCAG